CCGGGCCGGUGCACAUGAACCUGUUCGCCACAUGGGAGGUGGAUCGCAGCUCGCCCAGCUGCGUGCCCAGGCUGUUCAGCCUCACCCUGCGGCGCCUCGUGCUGGUCCGGGAGGUGGCCAAAGACCUGGGCUCGGUGGUCAUCGCGGUCAAGCUGCAGGGCUCCAAGCGGAUCCUUCGCUCCAACGAGAUCCCGCUGCCCCCCGGGGGCCCCCCCGAGACCGAGGCUGCAGCUCACCUUCUCCCUGCAGUGCCCCCCGCCCGCCCCGCCCGCGUCUCCUCCAGCCUCUCGACCACCCACCACGUGCACCAUUUCCACGGGCGCCACGGCACGGCCCCCAUCGCCAUCAACCGCGCGCCCUUCCUCACCCGCGGGCACCACGCGGGCACCACGUACAUUUUCGGCAAGGGGGGGGCCCUGAUCACCUACACGUGGCCCCCCAAUGACCGGCCCAGCACCCGCGCUGACCGCCUGGCCCUGGGCUUCAGCACCCGGCAGCGCGACGCGGUGCUGCUGCGCGUGGAGAGCGCGGCCGGGCUCGGAGACUUCCUGCAGCUCCACAUUGUUCAGGGGGCCGUGGGGGUCCUGUUCAACGUGGGCACCGAGGACAUCGCGCUGGAGGAGCGGGGGGCGGCCGUCAGCGAUGGGCGCUUCCACGUCGUCCGCUUCACACGCAGCGGCGGCAACGCCACGCUCCAGGUGGACGGCGGCCCCCUGCACGAGCGUUACCCGCCAGGCAGCGGGGACAGCGAGCGGCUGGCGCUGGCGCGGCAGCGCAUCCCCUUCCGCCUGGGGCGGGUGGUCGAUGAGUGGCUGCUCGACAAAGGCCGGCAGCUGACCAUCUUCAACAGCCAGGCGCGCGUGCGGGUGGGGGGCCGGGACCGCGGCCGCCCCUUCCAGGGGCAGCUCUCGGGGCUCUACUACAACGGGCUGAAGCUGCUGGCGCUGGCGGCCGAGGGACACCCCCGUGUGCGGCUCGAGGGGGACCUGCGGCUCGUGGGGGACCCCCCCCCGCCCCCCGCGCCCCCCGGCGCCACCCCCGCGCCCCCCGACAUGGCCACCACCAUCAUGGAGACCACCACCACCAUGGCCACGACCACCACCCGCCGUGGGCGCUCGCCCACCCUGCGCGACACCGUCGCCCAGAACACGGACGAUCUGCUGGUGGCCUCGGCCGAGUGUCCGAGCGAUGAUGAGGACCUGGAGGAGUGUGAGCCGGGCACAGGCGGGGAGCUGGUGCUGCCGGCGUCCCCGGGCCCCCCCGCGCCCCCCGCCGCCCCCCGCGCUCCCCCGGGCUGCGGCCCCGACUGCGACGAGCCCUCGGGCUUCGCCUCGGGGGAGGCGGCGGACCCCGACCCCGACCCCGGCCACGCUCCCGGCCCCGAGCAGCCGCCGGCCGACGACGAGGACUUCGCGGGGCUGGGGGGCGGGGGGAACCCCGAGGCCGCCGCCCCCCCGGCGGCCACGGCCGCGCCCCGCGGCGCCGGGACCGAGCCCACGGUGGCGGGCGCGGCUCCUCCCGGGCUGGUGCCGGCGGGCGAGCGGCACCCGCGGGAGGGCGCGGGCGGGGGACGGCGCGGGGGGGGCUCGGCACCGCCCGUGACCCGGCGCCCCCCCGUGCCCCCCACAGCCGCGCCCGGAGCGGUGGAGGUGGUGCGGGAGGCGGGCGGCACCACCGGCAUGGUGGUCGGCAUCGUGGCGGCCGCCGCGCUCUGCAUCCUCAUCCUGCUCUACGCCAUGUACAAGUACCGCAACCGCGACGAGGGCUCCUACCAGGUGGACCAGAGCCGCCACUACAUCGGGGCCGCCCCCGCCGCGCCCGGGGGGGGCCCGGGAGGGGCCCCCGGCGCCGCGUCCCCGACCCCGCCCGCCGGGACCCCCAAGGAGAAGGCGGCGCCCGCGCCCCCCAAAGCGCCGGGCAAAGCGCGGCGCAACAAGGACAAGGAGUAUUACGUGUGA